AUGUGUUUAGACGCUUAAUACGGAACCAGUUUAAAAAGCGGGUUAACCCACAAAAAACAACAACAGCAACAAUAUAAAGUUCACAAAACCAAAAGUUAGCACUACCAAUUUGAUGUUUGAGAAUCAAAUGUUGAGGUGGUGAUACCAAGGCUUAUUUUCGUUAAAAAAAGAAGAUAAAUUAAAGAAGAAGAAUAAAAAUUAAAUUAAGCUCAAAUUAAAAAUUAGAAAAAUUCAAAGAAUCUCGAGGUGAUGAUAAUGAGUGUGUGUGUGUUUUUGUUUGUGUCCGUAUGAGAAUGAGUUAAUGUGGUUUAUAUAAUACCUACCUACCUACAUACCAACAAAUAAAAUAAUAAUAUGAGCUUCUUGCGGUUACCAGAUGAAGGCAGCAACAAAAACAAAGUGGCAAGUGUUAAACCUUUGAGUGCAACAGCAGAAUUACUUUGAUGGGAAUCGACGACCAUGCCUCCUGGUGUUCGGUAUCACUGAAUCUGUGAGAAUUUGUUUCUGACCACUGAAUAAGUAUUUUGAAAUAAACGUGAGCUUUUCACACAUGAGAUGAAAUACUACAAAAGAAAAUAAAAAUAAUUGUAACAUAAAGCAUCAGCAACAUCGUCAACUAAAUAACAACAAAGUGGAUUAUAGCUAUUAAUGUUAAAUAGUUAAUGGUUAAAUUGUUAAGAAACGAAAUCCCGAUCCAUGUGAAUAAGCGCGACCAACCGUCCGACCGACAGAGUGAGUGAAUGAGUGUUGUGUGAGCGUGUCUGUGUGUGUGUGUGUUUCUUCGGUUUUACGCUUGUGUUCUGGAAAUGAAAAUAUAACAUUUCGCUUAUCGGAACCCCCGGGAAAAAGUUGUGCCACCGUCGUCUGUCUGCUGAACAACAAAAUCGACUUCUGAGGAAACUCUGUGUUUGUUUAACACACAGAGAGAAGGCUAAAUGAAAACACUUCCAAAGAAGUGCCAGAACAAAAGCACAUAGUGAAAGAAAACAAAAACAACAAAUGUUUUAAGCAACUUAGAGAUGUAUUCCUAUUGUUUUUAAUAACAACAUCCGCAAGUUCUUGCUGAAAACUACCUUCCACCGCCCCUGCGAGCGAGGCAACGAAAAGCGCUCAAACACCAGCAUAAUAGUGGAGCUGAAGGCUGAAACAAUAGCAGCGGAAAAUUCUUGCCAAGAAGUGGAAAAUUUGUUAUAAGAUGUCAUAAACUGUUAUCUGUUUUCCUGACAACCAAAGAAGAAAGACUUUCGACAAAACCAUCGAACAAACGGCAGCUAUCAAUGCUAACACAAAAGUUGACAUUGUUCAGAAACUUGGAUAGAGCUUGGCUCAGACAACAUUAAUUACUUCACAAGGCGACCACCAUUGGUUUACUGAGAGCCUAAAUGUAUGCAGCUCGUGCCUCACAAUUUGCCAAAACCAUUACCAUGGCGUGCAGUGUACAAAAACAACCCCAAAGCAAUCCUCUGGCCAAGGGAUCGUCAUCCUCGGCCGGUCCCACAACUCCGAAGCCCAAAAAUCAGGGUGGACCACGGGGAUCGCUACCGACGGAUAUGGUCGCACAGCCGCCUCUAGAAUUUCAGUGGCCCCCACCGAUUCCAGUAUCAACGCACACGAAUAAUGUGCGUUUGAAUAUGAUGAAUCAGGACCCGAAGGAUUUGCACACGGCGAGGGCCAUGAUAGAGGAACUGAGAUCAAAGGUCCGGUUUCAAGCGGAACACAUUAUGAAAUGGAGAAAGGCUUACGCCCUGCAGGUACAACAACAAUACCGCUAUCAAAAAGAGAAGAGCGAUCAAAUGAAUGCUUUAACCUCACAGUUGCUGCUUCUGGAAUCGCGCUUGAAACGCAAACAGAAGCAAAUUUCAAGUCUUUUACAGCAUCGAGAGAUGACGAUACAAAGGCAACAGAAAAUUAUAGAUACACUCUCUUCGCGUUUGGUCGAUCAUGGACUCGAAACGAUCGAUGCAAGCUACGCCACCGAAUUGGAUUCGCUGAAUGAUUCCGAUUCUGCAGUGGUCCUCGAAGAUAUGGACUCCGACUCGAAUGUCACACUGAUAGGCGGCAUUCGCAGAAAAGGUUCAGGGGCUGGCUGUGGUGGAGGGCCGUGUACUGCUCCGAGCACGGGGGGUGAUGGCAUAACAAUAGCCCGCUCCAUAUCAGAUGCCAUUGAGACGAGCCUGAAUAAGUACGGUGUGGUAAGACGUAACAAUUGCUUUUUACGCCGACCGGAAAUCCUAGAGACUGUUUAUUCCGUUGAGGAAGACCCGGAACCCACGUCCGAUGUCGCCGAGAAACGAGACAAAUUCAAACAAAGAUCCGAAAAGGCUUUGAGUUCUAGUUCAACAGAGGGUCAAUUGGACACCAUGGAUAUUGUCACGCCCCCAAGCAACAACUCCACCACAACUUGCAACAACAAUGGUUCCACAAUUCCCCUGACUACCGUUACCAUUACCGGGCCCGAAGACACAACCAAAGACAAAGAUCAGCCACUCUCCUCCCAAAACGAAGAAAGCUUCACCACCGCUCUGAGCAUGCGGGUGCCCCAGCUACAAAGAAAUGCAAAAUCGAUGGAAGACCAGCAGCGCUCAAUGAGCAAAGAUGAUGAUGAGCUCAACAACGACCAGCCCAAAUCACAGAAUCCAAUGACGAACUAUAACCGCGUCAUGUCAAAUCACCGUUCGGUGACCAAGCCGAAGGAUGUCAAGUACAAGCGUAUCAACAAGGCAAAAUCAAAAAGUCUGGAGGAGUUGAGAGGCCGUCUAAAAAAUCUCGUUGAAAAGGUUGAUCCGGUACUUAGCAAUUCGGUGUACACGCCCAACAUAAUACCACAAACGGCCCAGUCAUAUGCGUGACAAUUGCCCAACAGCGACAAGGAUGCCUCCGCAACAACACCCUCCUCCACCACCAACACUCCUUCCAAAGCAAAUGAUUUCCCCUUGAUCAGCGUGGAUCGAAAGCCCACUUCCGAAGUGUCGCUGGCAUUAGCCGUGGUGUCGAUGACGAAGCAUGUGGGCCCUAAACGUUCCCUAACCUCGCCGCGAAUUCUAGUGCCACAAUCAGCGCUGCACAACAGCGGUAACGGUUCGGCCGGCUCUGGGUCGGGAGGCGGCAGCCGCAGCAGCUUCUAGCAAUUAAAGAAAUUUUUCAUUCGUAAUUGUGAUAAAAAGUGAGAGAUGAAAUGUUUCUUUCUCCUGUUAAUUUCAGUACAUUUUGUUUAACAAAACGUCGCUUCAGUCGAUGGUUAAAAAUAUAUUAUUUUUACAUACAUUUUAAGUUGUACAUAUGACAAAAGUAAUAAUACAAUUAAUGUUAUUUUUCACUAACUGAUAAUAAACAAAACGAAAUGCUUAUUUAGAUACUUUAA